AUGUCGCAACACCGGCAGAGCCCCUUCACGGUGAUCCUGGCCGUCGUGGUCGGGCUCGCGGCCGGCUUGUCGCUGAGCUUCUUCGAGGUCCUCGGCUCCGGGACCCCCGCCGCAGCCAACUUCGCCGUCGCCAGCAUCGCCGUCAACGCGUCCAAGCCGGCGGCCGCAGCGACAGGCGCGGCGGCGCCCGCGGGCGCGGGCGCGGGCGCCGGAGGCGCGUUGGUGACCGAGUACCCCCAUAUCAAGGCCGUGACGGCCGCCUUGGACUGCCAAAACACGCUGCUCCCGGCGCGCAACAUGUCCGACGCGUUGCUAUACAUGGAGGGGAGGAUCCCCUUGGUGCUGGACCCGGCCAGCAAGGGUAUCAUGGCUUGGAUCACCGGCAACGAAGGCGAGCGCGCCGUCCACGACGUGUUCACGCGCUUGUUCUCGGAGGGCUGCGCGCCGGCCGGCGCCGCCGCGGGCGGCAAGGCGCCCGGGCUGUUCCUCGACGUCGGCGCCAACGCGGGGUUCUACUCCCUCAUAGCGGCCGCCUACGGCUGCCAGGUCCUCGCGUUCGACCCUCAAAAGGUGUGCUCCGACCUCGUGCGCCGCAACUUCUGCCUGAACCCCGGCCUCCCCGGCGUCGCCGGCAGGCGCGUGGCCGUCGUCAACGCCCCUGUGUCCGACGUCGCGACCACACUCAACCUGUCGGUCCCCGCGGCGUGCGAGGGCGUGUUCUUCGUCCCGUGGAAGAACGACACGCCGCCGAGGGUGCCCGUCGCGGAGACGUACCAGCGUGCCAGCGUGUCGCUUGACGGCCUGUUGCUCAAAGAGACAAGCGCCGAGGUGUUCGUUCUGAAGAUCGACACGGAGGGCUACGAGCUGCCUGUGAUGAAGUCCAUUUCGGGCCUCUUGGCCACGCGCCGCGUGCGUCACAUCUUGGUCGAGGUCACGCCCGUGUUCUGGACGCGCGACGGCGUGCCGCGCGCCGACAUCUACGCAGCUUUCCUGCCGCUGCUCGGCUACGGGUGCAGGAUACAGCGGGUGCUGGACAUCGCGGCCAACUCGACGGCAUUGCUGGACACUGCCGAGAAGCUGCGGGAGUACCUGGUCGUCCGAGACUACAUUCAAGAGGACGUCCUUGUAACAUGCCCGCCGGCCUGA